AUGCCCUUCAAACCCGGCCCACGACACAAAGACACAAACUCCAAGGGAGAAACCAUCUUCGAAUGCACAUGGGAAGGCUGCACCAAGAAGUUUGGCACUGCCGGCCACGUCCGAAGACAUGAGAAGACUCACGUCGGAAGCACCCCUUACCCCUGCCCCCACUGCCACAAGGCAUUUGGCCGCAGUGAUGUAAGGUCAAAGCAUGUUAAUACCAUGCAUCGCGACGAGGACCACGACGUCGCUCAUGAUGACCGCGACGAGCUCGAUGGAAGCAACGUAGAUGAGCCACCACGGCGAGUCCACCGAGUGCUCUAG